GUUUCAUCACACGUUUCUUGAUUUUCGUGAGUUAAAUUAUUGAUUAUGAUGAAGUUUUAUCAAACAAAAUCAGAAUGAAAAUUAUACACGCAAAGCGAAGGCCUUCUCGUCCUUUUAUGGACAGGUUCGUCCAUCUGGCGGUGGAACUGGUGAAGUUGGUGUUCAAGAUUAUCGAAGGCAUCAUAAGAGCUUUGCUGGAAGUAGCUGUGGACCUGUAUUUCUAUGGCAUCUGUGCUGCCACGGGAUUGGUUAUAGGAUUCUUCAUUUUAAGGAACGGGGUCUGCGAAGGGAAGAAUUGCUUCUCCAAUAGUACCUUCAACAACCUGGUGAUGAUGACAGGUUGUGCCCUGACUCUUAUAGCCGCCUACACAAUUUACAAAAGACUAAUCUGAUUUGAAAAGUAGUAGCUUAAAUACGCAUGAAAAAUAAAAACUUUCCUUU